AUGUUCCUGCAGCGCUCUGCCGUGGCCCUGGCGCGCCGCGCUGCGGUCGCCCCGGCCCUCCGUCGCAGCAUCGCCACCACCGCCGUGCGCCGCAAUGCGGUUACCGACCAGCCGAAGAUCAAGACUCUGAGCGCAGAGAUUAAGACCGAUGACGACCUCCUCGGCCCCGGCGCCCGUCCCGGCACCGUCCCCACUGAUCUCGAACAGGCCACUGGUCUCGAGCGUCUCGAAAUCAUCGGCAAGAUGGAGGGCGUCGACAUCUUCGACAUGCGGCCUCUGGACGCCUCGCGGCUGGGCACCCUCGCCGACCCCAUCAUGGUCCGCUCCGCCGGCGAGGAGCAGUUCGCCGGUUGCACCGGCUACCCCGCCGACUCCCACAACGUCAUCUGGCUGAGGAUGGACCGCGAGCGCCCUGUUGAGCGGUGCCCCGAGUGCGGCAGCGUCUACAAGAUGGAGUACGUCGGGCCCCAGGACGACCACACCCACGGCCACGGCCAUGAUCACCACGGCUGGGUGGAGCCCAAGACCUGGGCCGAUCAUGUCAAGCCUGAGUACUGGUGA